GACCAGAAUCAUUAGGAAUGACAAUUCUAUUAGGAAUGGAAUUUAAUAACCCAGAAGUAACAUUACUCGCAGAACAAGUAAAACGAAUGACAGUUGCAACACAAUUGUCACAAUUAGAUCGAAUUUUACAAUUAGAAAAAGAACAAGAAGACCCAAGAAUUAGAACAGGAAAAAUAUCAGAAGCAAAAACAGCAGAGGAUAAAAAAGCUUAUCUAUACAAAACAAUAUCUGCAUUAACAGAAACAAAAGAUGCUAUUCUUUGGAAGAAUAGAGACCUAAUACCUAGACAAAUAGAAUUAUGUAAAAGCGAACCACUACAAGAACAAUUCCAAGCAAAAUAUAGAGAAUUGUUAGGAGUAUCAUUAGAAAACUUGGACAAAAUGCAUGACGAUGAAGAUGAAAAAGAGCAAAUAUUCCAAGAACAAAUACGAGCCAGAACAAAAGGCUUAGAAUUACCAAAAACAUUACCACCAAGACAUCCAUACCAUGAAGAAUAUCAACCAACAAUAAAUGAACCAUGA